AUGUCUCAAAAAACACAAGAACCCGUCAUUACCAGGACUUCCGACCUCCCAAUCGAGGACUCUAAAUGGGUGACACUCAAGAAGAUCGAGUACGUCGAUCAAGUCGGAAAGGCACGCACAUGGGAGGUUGCCACGCGAAAGACAAGAGGAAAGUCUGGUGUUGAUGCUGUCGCUAUGGGAAACAUUCUCCUCCAUCCUUCAAAGCCUGCCUCCACCCUUCUCGUCAUCCAGUACCGACCUCCUCUGGACGCCUACACCAUUGAGUGGCCUGCGGGACUUAUCGACGCUGAGGAGACAGCCGAGCAAGCAGCUGUUCGAGAGUUCAAGGAAGAGACCGGAUACGAUUGCAAGGUGCUGAGUGUCAGCCCUGCACAAGCUGCUGAUCCUGGAAUGACCAACGCCAACAUGCAACUGGCCAUGGUUGAGGUUCAAUUGGGUGAAAACGAGGAGGAGCCUGAGCAACGACUAGAUGAUGGAGAGCAUAUUCAACGGGAGAUCAUUCCUUUGGCUGAGUUGUAUGAUCGUUUGGUUGAGUACUCAAAGAAGGAGCGCACAGUUGUCGCGGCCAAACUUUUCCACUUUGCUGCAGGCAUGCACUUUGCGCAAACCCAAAAGUAUUUCUAG